AUGGUAGAAAACUACCUACGCGCCACGGGAUUCUACCACGUCUCUAAGAUUGGGAUAAUACGUGGAUUUCACCCAUUAUUAGCUGCUCUGGUCGAAAGGUGGAGGCCAGAGACUCACACCUUCGUGAUGCCUGUGGGUGAGAUUACAGUGACGUUGGAAGAUGUCGCUUAUAUAUUUGGCCUACCCAUUGACGGAGAGGCUGUGAGUGGAUGGACAGACAGUAGUGCCGACUUCGUGCGAAGCCAGAGCUACGCCAUAUUCGGUCGGGAGCCAGAAGUCAGUAGUUCUUCAAAAUCCUAUAUAAAGCUGGCUUGGGUAAGACGUGUCAGAGAUGCGGAGCCGUUAGACACUGAGGAUUCCAUUAGGCGAUAUGUCAGAUGUCAUAUCUUCUACUUGUUGGGGUCGACCUUAUUCGCGGAUAAGUCGACCGCAUACGCCCAUGCGAAGUAUCUACCUUUGCUUCGAGAUUUCGAUCGGAUCCAUACUUACAGUUGGGGUUCAGCAUGUCUUGCACAUCUUUAUAGAGCAUUGUGCCGUGCAUCACGAUUUGAUACAAAGGAGAUGGAUGGACCUCUCAAUUUGUUGUUUGUUUGGGCUUGGGAGCGAAUGCUAUGUCUUGCGCCCGUACCGAGGAACACCCUUCCACCCGCUGAGAUACCAGUUGCAAAGAGGUGGAGUCAUUCGGCGCGCCCCACAGCGUGGUCAUCGAAUACUGUAGUGACAUUUAGGCAUCAUAUAGACUACAUGCAGGAGUUUGAGUGGCGGCCGUACGCCGGAUUGAUCGUGCCCGACGCCCCCCGUGCUGAGUCAACACGCCCCCAGCGUGAUUCCUUCUCCAGCCAAUGA